CGUUAUUCUAAAAAAUAAAAUAAAAUGACGAUUAAAUUGGAUUGACAUUUAAAUGCGUCUCAAUGGAUGACUGUCUUUUUGGAGAACACACGCGUCCUCUAUGGGAAUAAAGCAUAUAUUACAAUAUAUGUCACAUGUAUAUAAUGUAUCGAUAAAUGCCGUUCAAAAAAUAUGGGUAUAAAUAUGGUAUGAGGUAUCAAAAACAACAUAUAACAUACAAUAUUAACUACAAUUUACCCCAAUAUUAAAGCAGACAAAAUGUUUACAUUUACAGCUAAAGUGUAGUUAAAAUAAAGCAUGUAUGCCCAAAUAAGACAUUUCUAUAUAAUCAAAAAUAAAUGCUUGAUAUUCCAGAUAAGUGCAUGUGCGUAACCUGUAGGUAUGAUUGUUUCAGUGAAAAGAAUGUCGCUCCACCUGUCUGACUGCUCGUGCACGCCCCUGGCUCGAGCUGAGCUCACCUGAGCGUCUCACCUGAGCGCGAGGAGCUAGAGUAGCAGGAUGACACGGUACAUUCACUUGUUCAUUUUCCUCAUGACCAAAAUCGCGAUUUAUCACGCCAUAGAUCAGACGUCAUAUAUUAAGAACUAUAAGGUGGUCAAACCUUGGCUGGUUCAUGAGCGCUGGAGGAGAAAUGCAGACACAUCACAUACAUCUGAAAAGGAAAGACAUGCUGACAGUGUUACAUACUCGAUCAGCAUUAAUGGCAGCGAGCGAUUACUGCAUCUUUCAAAGAACACAGAUUUUUUGUCGGAAAACUUUGUCGUGUUGUCCCAGGAUGCACAGAAAGUGAAAAUGCACACCAAAAAACCUGUGCUCUGUCACUAUCAUGGGUAUGUGGAGGGUUAUGAAGACUCUCUUGUAGCUCUCAGCACCUGUGAAGGUCUCAGGGGUGUUAUUCUCAUUGGUAAUGAAAGCUAUGGAGUGGAACCCGUCCUGCAGUCCAAAGCCAACGAACAUCUCCUCUUUCUGCUGAAAGACAGUCAGCAAGAGCCUUUUGUAUGUGGACUGGCCAAUGAUACGCAUCAAACCGAAGACAACUCGCAUCAGCCUAGCAUGCCUAUGUUUUUAAGGGAGAAACGAAGCUUGCCUCAGACCAAAUAUGUGGAGUUGGUAUUGGUAGUUGACAACUUGAGGUUCAUCUAUAAGAAGCAAAAUUCAUCUGCAGUGGAGGGUGAAAUGGUCCUACUGGCUAACAUGUUAGAUUUGUAUUACAAACCGCUGAACAUCCGGAUAGCACUGAUUGGUUUGAAGAUCUUUGAGAAAGAAAACCCUUUUAGCGUGGAAGGCAAUGCUGGAGAGGUGUUGGGCAGGUUUGUGAAUUGGAGGAGGAAAGAACUUUUACCUCAACUCAGACAUGACGUGGCGCAGUUCGUUGUGGGUCGCUCAAGUUCGUACCCUGGAGGUGUGCUCGGCAUGGCCUUCGUAGGGACCGUGUGCUCUGCUCACACCAGCGGAGCAAUCAAUGUGUUCAGCAGCGAUUCUCUGCAGUACUUCUCUACUGUGGUGGCUCAUGAGCUGGGACAUAACCUGGGCAUGAACCAUGAUGUCCGUUCCUGUGCUACUUGUGAUGGGGGGAGUUGCAUCAUGGCACCUUCCGCCAGUGGAUCCACUAAAUUCAGUGACUGCAGUGACAGGAAUUUCGAGAGACUGAUAUUGAAUGGUGGUGGGGUGUGUUUGAAGAACCCGCCCUCUCCUGACAAGAUCAUGACACUGGCCAUUUGUGGGAACGGCAUUCUGGAAAAAGAGGAACAAUGUGACUGUGGCACCCCGGAGAGGUGCAAAGAUAAAUGUUGUGAUGCCGCUACAUGCACUUUAACAAAGAACUCUGCCUGUGCCACAGGACUUUGCUGUGAAAACUGCCAGAUUAAAGUGUCUGGAUCCCCCUGCAGACCGUCGGAGAACACCUGUGACCUUCCCGAGUUCUGUAAUGGGACGUCUGAGUUCUGUCCGGGAGAUUUCUACCUUAUGGACGGUCUGCCGUGUGCCAGUAAAACCGCAUACUGCUUUGAGGGCCGCUGUCAGACGCUGGACUAUCAGUGCAAACAGCUCUUUGGCUCAGAGGCGACUAAAGCCGAUGACAAGUGUUUCAGAUAUGUCAAUUCACUAGGGAAUGAUUUUGGGAACUGCGGAAAAUCUGGCAAUAGUCCGAUUCCUUGUGUCGGAGAGAACGUUAUGUGUGGGAAAAUUCAGUGCCUGUUUGACAGCAACAAGCCUCCGGCAGGAGCCACAGUCAGCACACAGCUAAUAGAAGAAGGCACAAUCAAAUGUGUGAACGCUGACUUUAACAUGGGUUCAGAUGUGCCAGAUCCAGCAUAUGUCAAAACUAGCACAGUCUGCGCUCCUGAAAAGGCGUGUUUGGAGUUUACCUGUAAAAAUUCUUCAUUUCUGGAUCAGAGUCAGAAGUGUGAUGCCCAGAAAAACUGUAACAGUAAAGGAGUGUGUAAUGAUCAAUUUAACUGCCAUUGUAAUGAUGGCUGGGCCCCACCCAACUGUGACAAAGGAGGUAGAGGUGGAAGCAUUAACAGCGGCCCUGCACAGAUCGAUUAUUCGCUCAGAGAUGGUCUUCUGAUCUUCUUUCUUUUGGUGGUCCCAAUUCUGGUGGUCUUAAUCAUUGUUUUGCUCUACGUGUUUAAACGGGACGCCCUUAACCGUUGUGUCAAGUGCCGCACCUCCAAAAGAAACAGGUCAUCUUAUGAAGCAAAUGCUCCAACGAAUGCCCAGGCAAAUGCACGAUCUAAUGGAAAUGCGACAAGAACAUCCACCCCACAGUCAAUGACGCAGCCAAACGCCCCAUCACAUCUAGUGAAUACCUCAGUAUCUCAACCGAGACAAGGACCAGGAGUGCCCAGACCAAUCCCACCCAGACCAAUCCCGCCCAGACCGACGCAAGUCCCACUGUGAAGGCAUGACAGGGAGGAAAUUCUCUUUGUCUGCCGUAUCUUUUUAAACCAACAUUCCUAAACAGAUGAAGGAUUAACGUUGUUUUUAACUAAUUAUGACUAAAGUAUUUGCUGCUUAAAUUUAUUUAAAAUGUUUACAAAGAUUUGUAUCCAUGUUUUUUCUAUUGUAAAGAUUGUUCUCUGAACACACAUUAAGAUUUUCAUCUGCAUUGUGUUAAACAGCACUUUAAAAAUGUAGAUAAUUUGUUUCACAACAUUCAAAAUGAGGUUGACUGGUUACUUUUAUGGACUGUGGUCUUUUGUGGUCGUUGUUUUAUUGGCCCUGUAUCACAAUUCCACAGUGUUAAAUUGUAAUUUUAUAUAAUAAUGAAUAAUAAAAGACAUUGUUUUAUUGAUUAAAAUAUAUUAUGCCAAC